AUGGCGGACAAUUCGUCAGUCCCCAAGCCCAGCAGCAGCGUCAAGCUAGUGCUGUUGGGCGAAGCAGCCGUUGGAAAGUCAUCGCUCGUUUUACGAUUCGUCAACAACGAUUUUCAGGAAAAUAAAGAGCCUACUAUUGGCGCUGCCUUCUUGACUCAAAAAAUCUCGCUUCCGAGUAGAGUCAUCAAGUUUGAAAUCUGGGACACAGCUGGCCAAGAACGUUUCGCCUCCCUUGCACCCAUGUACUACCGUAACGCCCAGGCUGCACUGGUAGUGUACGACCUGACAAAGCCCACCUCACUCACCAAAGCCAAACAUUGGGUUGCUGAGCUCCAACGACAAGCCUCACCCGGAAUUGUCAUUGCGCUGGUGGGUAACAAACUCGAUUUAUGUGCCGAGUCUUCCGGAGAUGGCGCCGACUCCUCAGACCCCGCAGUCUCGGAGACUGAAGAUGGAGGAGAGAGCGAGCCCGGUGAGGCCGAAGCCACAGACGAUGGAGACGCACGCAAAAUCUCGACCCGUGAAGCCAAAUCAUAUGCUGAGGAGGAGAGCUUACUGUUCUUCGAGACCAGUGCGAAGACCGGGACGAACGUUGCAGAUGUAUUCAGCGCCAUCGCAAAUGCCAUUCCCGAGACCAGUUUGAAAGGUGCCAGAGGUGCAAGCGGAGGAGGUACUCAGGCUGCCUUGUCAGGUGCCGCCAAUCGAGCGGAUGAGGCCAGAGUCAAUUUGGGGGAGCGAACGAAACAGAAAUCAGACAAUUGUGCUUGUUAG